AUGCUCAUUCAGCAGCACUUCGCACACCUGUUAGAGCUUGCGCGACUUUCUCCUGUCUCGACCUUUUUCACUCUUGCAAUUCUGAUUAUAUCGUUCCAGGUACUCAGACUUCGUCUUUCUCCUGUUCGCCGCUUUCCUGGGCCCGUUUGGGCCAAAUUGUCAUCGUUCUGGCUCGCAUCCCAAUGCCGACGUACACGGCGUUCUGAAGCGGUAAUGCAACUGCACAAGAAAUACGGCGACUUUGUUCGAAUAGGACCCAACCAUAUAUCCAUCAACAAUCCCAUUGCUGUGACUGAAAUCUAUGGCCACGGGACGGGCUUUACCAAGAGCACGUUUUACGAUGCGUUCCUUCAGGUGACCCCUGUGGUAUUCAAUGCCAGGAACGUUGCAGAGCAUACUCGUAAGAAGAGAUACGCCAGCCCCGCAUUUUCUACUCGUGCUCUCUCCGAGUUUGAGCCAUAUAUGGACUUGGAGCUCGUGCACUGGAAAAAUAAGCUCUUGAGCAUGGCUGAUCAUACCGGUACGACUGAAGUCGACUUUGUUAUCUGGUCCAAUUUCCUCGCCUUCGAUGUCAUUUCCAGUUUUGCUUUCGGAGAGCCAUUUGGGUUUAUCGGCAUGGCAGAAGACCCUUAUCACCUCAUCGAGACAAUCGACGCCCGCGGCGAAGUCAUGAACGCGAUUGGAACCUUGUCUCCAUAUUUACGGUCACUGGUGAAGUACUACCCCUUUGACUCAUUUUGGAGUUCUGGGAUGAAGGCACGAGCGAACUUUGAGAAAUUUGGGAGGCAAGCAUAUCAGAGACGCAAGAGUGCUGCUGAAAGUCGAAAAGAUCUUUUGAGUUUCCUAUUCUCUGCAACAGAUCCCGAUACCGCAAACCCUCUCGAAGAAAAUGAGAUUGUGGCUGAGUCCAUCAGCUUCAUCGUUGGCGGGAGUGACACAACCAGUAGCACCAUGGCGAACUUUAUUGACUUUGUUUCCCGCGAUCCCGACCUACAAUCCCAGCUGCAGCAAGAAAUUGACACUGUCUUCCCUGGUUACCCUGAUGAAAAUUGGGUCCCUUCUGAGAAGAAGGCAGCGGGUCUGCCUUUGUUAGUUGCUACACUAAGAGAGGUUAUGCGUCUACGGCCAACCAGUGCUACAGGUCUCGAGAGAAUUACGCCCCCUGGGGGGAGAAUAAUAGCUGGAGAGUAUAUUCCCGGAAAGACCGUCGUCAGCGUGCCAACUGUUGGUAUUAUGAUGGACCCCAAAGUUUUUGAUUCUCCCGAAGAAUUUAAACCACACAGAUGGCUAGAACUAAACUCAAAAAAGCUUCUGGGGUCAUUCUUUCCUUUUUCUACAGGUCCUAGGGCAUGCAUAGGCAGAAAUUUUGCUUGGAUGGAGAUUUUAAAAGCUAUGGUCAUUAUCUUCAAGCUCUUUGAUAUCAGAAGAUUGAACUCCAACCCAACAGUUAUAAGGGAAGGGUUCUUCAAUAAGGCUGCUGAGUGUAACACAGAAAUCCGGCUGCGAAAGUUUACCUGA